GUGCUGUGAGUAAUUUCUCCUGGUAAAUGGUUACAAAACUUAUUAGAGCUUCAUUAAAGCAUAAUAGCAGCUUUUGCAUCAUGGGAUACUUGGUUAUCCCGAGUGUGCUCAGAUUACUAGAAACAUAAUAAAAUGCUUAUGGCAUGAUAAAACUGAGCAUCAGUUGUGAGAAUUCAUUCAGAAGAUGGAUAUCAGUUUUCAUUUUGAUCUGUAAUUUCUUGUAUAAGUGUCUUUGUUGUCACAUACUGGAAUAAUGUGUCAUAUUACUAAUAUAAUGAAAUCUUAAAAAUGGUGACAUAUGUAUAUAUUUGCCCAAAUAUAGCUAAUCUUGGCUUAUGUUGUGCUUGCUUUCAUUUCACUGGUCUUAUAUUCUUCUUAGAUGUGACCCAUCAUGUCCCUUCACCACUACCAGAUAUGCUAUCACUCAUUCCACUGGCAGCAGCAGAAACCCAUCCUGUAUGUGAACUCGGUAGCCAUGAACCAAAGAAAGCUACAUUUGCGAUGAAGAUCAGUGUGGAAAAUGAUAAGAAAACAGGCAAAAGUCAUGUGGUGUCAGCUUCAACCAUCAUCCCAGAAACCAUCCAAAAGAAUGGGAUAAAGGUGUAUGAUGAUGGACGUAAGUCUGUGUAUGCACUGCACCCAGGGACAACUAAAAUCCAUAGUGAAACAGUUGGAGAGAUGACCCCUACCGAGGUAGAAGAGCUUCUGCAUCAGGCCGCUGAUAGGAAUGUACCUACUGAGGUGCAGUACCAUCUACCUGUCUAUUCUGUGCCCUAUAUAGGGACGAAUAGGCCAUCAACACCAAGGAAAUCAACUAAAUCACUAACAAAAAACUCAAAACCCAGCCCCUUACGGAGUGUAAACUCAUUCAAAACUGGAUCUCUAAUCCUAAAUGAGAAAAACCACUGCAGCCAAGGCCUGCAGAAACAAAAAACCCCAAACAAAACUCCUCUAUCGAUCUGUCAAGACUCGACUUUAAAAGUACGAAGAGUUGGAGAAGGGGCCAAACUGCACUCUCGAGAGCAGGCCAAGUGUGAGACCUUUCUAAUACCACAGUCACACUUUAGCACCAAGUGUCCAAGAGCAUUCGCCAACAGCACAACAGAUACAAGCAGUCCAAACACAGCAGCUCUUGUUUCAGUUAAAUUCAGGCCUGAAGGAAUGCCUGGACCCAAAGAGCCAGUCUACAGAACAUUAGAUAGAUCUAGUUCUUCACUCGUCCACCAUAAAUUUGAUCCUGAUCCCUUGCUAGGCACCUCAGGUGACUCUAACGAAGAUUUACCCUCUUGUGCAGAAAAUAAUGUCUCUCUGAACCUUGUCAGCACUCUGCCGGGGGAGCUAGAACCCAUAUCAAUGAUCUUCAUGGGCUACGAGAAUGCUGAGGAGGAGGAAGACAUUCAAGCUGAGUUGGUGAUUAUUGACAACAGUUCUGAUAAUAACGACAACGAUGAGGAUGAAAAUGAAAUCAACAGGGAAGAGUAUCUUUUAUACCACCCACAGGGGUACAGAAGCAAAGUAUUUCAACCCAAGGUGCAUAUAGCUAAGGUCAUAGAGCUCAGAGACAUUACAGAUACCUAAAGAGACCAGGAGGAUUUAGGACUCCACAAGCCAACAUUCAUCCACAAGUAUGGAAAGCACAGUCCUUAUUUACAGGAGCGGUCAAAAUGGAGAAGAUGAAGCUCAAUCAAACAGGAAAAUGAGAAACUGAAUUGUUAGGAAAAGAACUGGGAAUAGAAUUUGUUAGGUGAUUUUUCUUCCCCAUCAUUUCUUUGAUUCUUUCUUUGUCUUUUUUUCUGGUGAAUGUGUUCAUGCAUGCAUUUUCUGCUGCCAAGCCAAUGUAGUACUUCUCAGCCUGCCAAUCUUUAAUAAUAAUAAAUUGUGAUUCGUGCCAUUAUGAAACCUUAACUUCUCUUGAGUGAUAGAAACACCUGAUAGACUUUUUGUUUAUUAGUAACUGUGCCACUGGAAUUUAAAUUUUAUCAUUCAGUUAGUUUGUUGCUUUGUAACUGAGUUGCAUUAAAUGGUACUGUGCUGUGAAUCAACCUGUGCUCAUACCUUUGAUCUAAGUUCAUUUGUUUGGUCAAGUCUACGCCUUAAAUUUCUGAUGGCAGUUAUCUACCAAAUUUCCUUGUUUCUAGUGCACUUUAGGAGUUGGAAUAGGAGAGUCUGGUAUUGGCGGGGCAUAAACAUGUCAAAAUAUUAAAACCUUUGUUGUAAAAAUAUUAAAUAUAUCAUUUUAUUAUGAUGUCCGUGCUCAUAAUUUAGUCAGCUUGAACUUUGAUUAGAUGAUUUCUAAUUUUACCUUUCAUUUAAAUGUUUUCUGAAUAUCAAAAAUAUCCUUCCUUUGGGACUGCACCUGCUCACUCCUUUUUUGUAAAUAGCCUUUGUGUUGGACUUCAUAUACCAUGUUUUCUGCACUAUAAGGCGCACCUAAAAUCCUUUAAUUUUCUCAAAAAUCGACAGUGCACCUUAUAAUUGGUGCGCCUCAUGUAUGAAUUCU